AUGUCAGCUGCUACAGCGGCAGCUGCUGUGAGUCGCCCGUCUCCUCCUGCUAGCGUGUCGAUUCAGUGUGACAGCUACGGAGUUGAAGUUCGAUGGGAAUAUCCUGAUCUCGAUCAGGACGUCCAAUUCCAGGUGAAGGUGAUACACGACUUCAAUCAAAGGAACUCUAAUGUUACACAAAAUCUUACACGAAGUCUGCGUUUAAACAUAUCCAGUAUGCUGUUUUAUCCAGCAUACAACCGCUACAUUGUUAAUGUGACGACCGUGCGAGGAGUAGAGGAGUCAGAGCCGACACGAUCAGAUAUCUUCAGCUAUAAUAAAUAUGCUACCGCCAAAAUUAAGUGUCAUUUGGAUUUUCCUGAGGUUGAACUUUCUCCCAAAGACGGCAAACUUCACGUCCAGUUCACCAACCCUCUUCAGCUGUACAGAAACUCACCGGCUCUGCGCAGCCUCACCGAUAAUCUGGAAUACUGUAUCGAAACAGAAGAAGGGAGGAAUGAAGCCUGUGAAACCUGUGAGAUUAAGCAAAAUACAUGCGAGACGUCCGUUGUGUUUUCUGAGCACAGAGGCGAAUACUGCGUCAAUCUGACUGGAAAGAUCGGACAGAGAUUUUUCAAUCUGAGAAGCAGCUGUUUCACAGGAGACAUAAGAAGCUCUGUGAGUCGCCCGUCUCCUCCUGCUAGCGUGUCGAUUCAGUGUGACAGCUACGGAGUUGAAGUUCGAUGGGAAUAUCCUGAUCUCGAUCAGGACGUCCAAUUCCAGGUGAAGGUGAUACACGACUUCAAUCAAAGGAACUCUGUUACACAAAAUCUUACACGAAGUCUGCGUUUAAACAUAUCCAGUAUGCUGUUUUAUCCAGCAUACAACCGCUACAUUGUUAAUGUGACGGCCGUGCGAGGAGUAGAGGAGUCAGAGCCGACACUAUCAGAUAUCUUCAGCUAUAAUAAAUAUGCUACCGCCAAAAUUAAGUGUCAUUUGGAUUUUCCUGAGGUUGAACUUUCUCCCAAAGACGGCAAACUUCACGUCCAGUUCACCAACCCUCUUCAGCUGUACAGAAACUCACCGGCUCUGCGCAGCCUCACCGAUAAUCUGGAAUACUGUAUCGAAACAGAAGAAGGGAGGAAUGAAGCCUGUGAAACCUGUGAGAUGAAGCAAAAUACAUGCGAGACGUCCGUUGUGUUUUCUGAGCACAGAGGCGAAUACUGCGUCAAUCUGACUGGAAAGAUCGGACAGAGAUUUUUCAAUCUGAGAAGCAGCUGUUUCACAGGAGACAUAAGAAGCUAUCCUCCGGUCACCAUGUAUGUGUAUCCAGUGCUGGGAGUCGUUUUAACGCUGCUGUUCAUAACUGGCAUCAUUAUGCUGCUAGUGACAAAGUGCAACUCAGAAAUGAAGGAGAAAGUUCUCCCUAUGUUCCAGUAUUUUUCUGAUUUCAGUAAAACACACGAGGACGAGUGCAGAACUCUGAAAGUGGUGCCAGAGCCUAUCAGCGUUGUGAAGAUCGAACCGGCCGAGGACAAUAAAGAACAAGCCCCGUUACUAAAGAUGAGCGAUGAGGAACGGCCCUCCGAUACCAAAGAUCUGGGAAGUGGUGACUCGGAAGUUAAAAGCCCCUACGGGCCUAAUGACCUUGUUGAAAGUGAGCAGAGCAACCAGUCGGGUUUUUACGACUGCCCACAUGCUCCCAGACAACAGGAGAUGAGUCCCGGAGAUAUGGUAGAGAGUUACACAGCCUCACUGCUUUCAGAGGUACAGAAGUGAAGGAAAGUACCAUAAAGACAGCAAAAUCCCCGUACCUGUGGCCAGGGUGUGUUUUGGGAACAUGAUGUGGGAUGGGACUGAUGGUACAAAUACAAGCCCUCGCAUGACAUCAUGAAAUGGAAUUCGCCCAGGUUUUCCGGUUUGUGGCACAAUGGAAACACGUGUUUGGCAUUUGUCUUCAUCACGGCACUCCUUUUAUUUGAACCGAAACUCCUCAUACACUAAUUCAGGGUUUUUUCUUUUAUUCUUAUUAUUUUGAGCAUUUUUUUUUGUUCGUUACUACUUAUAUUUUACUACAUACUGUAGUAUUAUCUUCUAUUCGGACAGAGUCUUAUCCUGUGGCCUUAGAACAAAGUUUUACAAUAUCUUUUACAAGUGCUGCUCAGGUAAUGUGAAUCAAUCCAUUGGACUUAUGCUGUGUUUUCGCACGCCUCAUCGGAUUUGGAAAUGGAUCCUUGCAUGGCUUUGUUGAGUUGAUUACAGAAAAACACUUUAUUAUUACAAUAAUUACCCUCUAUAUUUAUUGUUAUUUUUUGUAAAUAUUCGGGCUGGGCAAGUUAUCGCGUUAACGCAUUCAUUGAUUAACGCCGACAAUUAUUUUAUCGCAGUUUUUUUUAUUAUUAUGAUAGUC